GCCAUUACUACCAGCAGAGUGCCGAGCAGCCCUCCGCUUACCCUGCGAAGCAUGUCUACAGCUGACAAUCACGGGAGACACACCAUGCACAUUGGCAAGAGUCAGAAAAAGAUCUCGCAACAGAUCUACCGUUCAACCGAGGCGGAAGACUUUUCACAUCUGCGACAGACCAUCCAAGACGUAACGCAGGAGAGUCCCCAGACACGACACGACAUUCUGGUGAAAGCUGCUGAGAUCAUUAAGCAGUUCGAUAGAGACUAUCGUUCUCUUCUUUCAGAACACGCGGCUUUGACCUCUACUGGUACCGCCAGCUCUCCCAGGCAACAACUUGCCUUCUAUCCUGGAAUGUCACAAUUUGCUGGUGAGAGUUGGUCAGCGAACCAUGGCCACCAAACUAUGCCGAUGCAUCCACAUACUCCACCUUCAUUAGCACACAGCAUGUAUGCUGGACAGAUCAUGGAUGAUCCUACACAGAGCUAUCCAUAUUUUACCUACCAAUAAUUGUGGUGAUCACAGACGAGCGAGAACGCGGAGAGAGCUUAUAAGACAAAUAUAUCAUCUCAGUCUUCGAUACGAACUGAGAUGUUCGAACGAGGGACUUAGUAACCUUAUACGUAGUUAGCAUAGUGAUAGAAAGAAAAUUUCGUAGCACAGGAAUUGACACUUUAUAACAUACUAUAUGACGGCCGACGUCAAACCUCGUACUGUUGCGCUCGCAAUCUCUCAUUGUGACGUCUCCGGCUCGGACUUCGAUCCGGAAUC